UCCGGUCAACACUGUUGAAUCUGAACACCGUCCUAAGAAUGUCCCACUUCACUAACUGGAAGGUCUCCCAAGUAAGCAAAAGCUCGUUGCCAUGUGACAACGUCAGGAAGCGAGCAAUGUGCAAGGACCUGACAGCGCGCCGUUUCUCUCCCCGCCCGCCUGGAACAGACUGGAAGCUGCCAACCCCUCUGGGACCUGUUUAUCCACCAUCGAUCUCGGGUCAGACCGCCACAAAAGCUGUGGGACGAAGCUGGGAGCUGUCUCCACCGACAGGAAAGAGCUUCCAAAUACACGAUGUGACCUCAGCGCACCUGCCCCAGCAGGGCCCCUUCCGGCACUUCAUGGACAUGAAGGCGGAGAAGAGGCUGGCUGGCCGGAAGGAGCGUCGCAGUCGCUUUGGAGACAUCAACGUGCACAAGUGCUAUCAGUUUGGGCAGGUCUUCCGCCCUUUCCAGGCCCUCGCCUCCACAGUUCUGACUAAGGGGUUCUACUUCACUUAUCUCCACUUUUUGUCCACCUACCAGCAAAGGAAGUCAGGAACGUAUCCAGUUCCCUUCCGAGAAGGACCCAUGGAGGAGCAAGGCUGGCUCUGCACGGGCGCCAGUGAGGGCUUAACCUCAGUACUGCCCAACCCGGGCACUGUGUUUUCUUUUACACCAGGUGGAGCCUUCCACCCAGACCCAUGCAGCGGCAAAGCUCUGGACAAUUGCAGUGGAAGGCAAUCCCGACUGACUGACUGCCGGAGCCGCUGUCUGGAUGGUGGCAGCCACCACCGUGGCUUGGCCUGA